AGAGAGAGAGAGAGAGAGAGAGAGGGCUAGUGGAUGUAGCUCUUAGCUGUGGGGCGGGGGGGUGAGCUACCUAGCCCGGGCUGCUCUGCCGAAACAUCCAUGGGUGGCUGUGUCGGGAGCCACCACGACUCCUCGGGCAGCUUGAACGAGAACUCGGACGGCACUGGAGUGACUCUAGGGCGUAACCAGCCCCUGAAGAGAGAGCGGCCUAAAUGGAAAAGUGACUACCCGAUGACUGAGGGCCAGCUGCGCAGCAAGAGAGAUGAGUUCUGGGAUACGGCGCCAGCAUUCGAGGGCCGGAAGGAGAUCUGGGAUGCGCUGCGGGCCGCGGCCAGCGCCUUUGAGAGCAAUGACCACCUGCUGGCUCAGGCCAUCCUCGACGGGGCCAGCAUCACACUGCCGCACGGUGCUCUGACUGAAUGCUAUGAUGAACUGGGGAAUCGAUACCAGCUGCCAGUCUACUGCCUCUCUCCUCCCGUCAACAUGAUUGAAGAGCGCUCUGAUGAGCCUGACGGUUCAGAUCCAGACUCCGGGGCCGCAGAACCGUCCACGGCAGGCGGCGGCGACGCCGGCUCAGGAGGCGAGUGCAAGCUUCGGCUCCGGCUCUCUACAGGCCGCGACCUCCGGCUGGUGGUCCGUUCCACGGACACAGUGGGCAUGAUGAAGCGUCGUCUGCAUAGUCAGGAGGGCGUGCCCGCUGCAACCCAGCGCUGGUUUUUCUCAGGUCGGCCACUGACUGACAGGCUGCGCUUGGACCAACUCAACAUCUCCAGGGACUAUGUCGUGCAGGUCAUCCUCAGCCAGCCGCCACCGUCCGAGCCGGCGUCAACAACAGGACACACACCAGAGGCCUCUGGGCCAGUGGCAGCGGAAGGAGUGGCAAAGCUGUCGCAAGAGCCGCCGCCGGUGGAGAAUUAACCUGGCAUAGGCCGUUAGAAAGAAAGAGGAUAACAAGAGAGUUCUCUUCUCUUCUUCUCUUCUUCUCUUCUCUUUUCUCUUGUCUUUUCUCUUCUCUUCUCUUCUCUUUUCUUCUCUUCUCUUCUCUUCUCUCUUGGUAGAGUUUGGCUGUCUGCUGGAGCAAAAGGACUCUUGAAUUGAGAAAAGACUCUCUUUAUGGUUUUACACGUUGAAAUUUUGACCUUUUUGAAGUCUUUUUAACUGUUCCAAUGGAAACCAAACGACAAAAAGAGAACUAUGUCAGAUGGCAUGAAGGGUUUUCUGAGCAACGCUGAUGUUCAAAUGUUUCUGUGUUUUUUGUUUCCGCUCAAGUUCUGCUCUCUGGCAAAAUGUGGUCAAUAUAAUUCUGUUUAUGAGGCCACAGGGUUAUAUACAUACACAUAUAAAUACAUUCAAAACAAUUCAACAUGGGCCAUUCGGAAGGAAAAAAUUAAAGACGCAAAAACAAUCGUAACGAGUUAUUCCAAGAAGUCUUUUGGUGAUUAAGCCAGAAUACCACGCUGUACAGAAAGGUUGCUAGUUAGUAAACAGAAGUGUCCGCCCUCUUGUCGAGAGGUUGCAGUCACAUGACGAUGUGUUACCAAGCUGCCGCUGGAUUAGACGCUUUAUUUCACUGCUUCACAGAACAAUCAGAGCAAUCAUGUAAUAAACAUUAAGUAGUCAGUCA